AUGUCUGACCCCCAGCAUAUCACGCUCGACUCUCCACGCUCUAUCGCUAAUAUAUACCUCCAUGAACGUAAGGACUUCGAUGUCGUCCUUGGUCAGAUCGAGGAGCGCGUUGAGCUGAUGAGAGCAUGGGACAUCCAACCGGGAGAGAACGUUCUGGAGAUCGGCUGUGGACAAGGCGAUUGCACUGUGACGCUUGCAGCAGCAGUAGGCGAGAAGGGAACGGUGACGGCUAUCGAUCCUGCGCGGCUUGAUUAUGGUGAGCGACAUGUUGCCGAUGCGAAUGCCUGUCCUCACUGGUCGAGCCGGUUGACCAACGCAGGAAGCCCGUACAACCUUGGCCAGGCCCAAGCACAUCUCCUCGCCUCGCCGUUGGGCGGCCGCAUGAAGUUUGUGAAAGCAGACCCACUCGCAUUCCUGAAGGACACGUCCGAGAUGUACGACACCGCCGUGCUCGCACACUGCAUAUACUACUUCGCGUCUCCUUCCGUCUUCUCCGCGAUUCUCUGGGCGUUGGCGCCGCGCGUGAAACGCAUCUGCCUCGCAGAGUACGCGCUCACCGCAAGCGACCCAAGGGCGGUGCCGCACGUUCUGGCUGCGCUUACCCACGCAUCGCUCCAGUGCCGCAUACCGCAUUCCGAGAGUAACGUCCGCACUGUUCUGUCGCCCAGGGCAAUGCGCGCCGCAGCAAAGGGAGUGGGAUUGCAUCUGGUUAAAGAGUCCACAAUCGUUCCGCCCGAGAAGAUGUAUGACGGCCGAUGGGAGGUAAGCACUGUGGUGGGGCAAGCGUACGGGAGCAAAAUUGAGGUGGUUGUGAAGGACGCGAGAGAACGAGCUGCGGUGGUCGCUCUCAGAGAUAGUGUGAGAGCAGCAGUGGAUGCACUGAAGAUGAAGGGGGAGAAGGUGCACACCAUGGAUGUCUGGAUCGCCACGUAUCUUCCACCGAGUGGAAUUUAG